ACUUACUCCUCUUUCACCAUUUCAUGAUCGUUUUAAUUCCAAUUGCCACCAUUGGUUGUGGUAAAACAACCACUUUCCAAACCCUUCAACUGGUGUUUCCUCAUUGGGCACAUGUUCAAAACGAUAAUAUCAAUAAAUCAUCCAAAUUGAAACUUGUAGAUCGUUCAUUACUUGAAUUUUCCCAAGGUAAACCAGUUGUUAUGUGUGAUCGAAAUAAUCAUCAAUUCCGUGAAAGAUCUCAAUUAUUUAAAUCAUUCCAUGAUCUUGAUUCAAAUUACUUAUCAAAAGAUCAUACCCCUAUAACUUUUGUUUGUUGUAAUUUUUCCACUUCAGUUCCUUCAAAGGAAAUCCUCAAGGAAAUCACUUAUUCUCGAGUUUUAAACCGUGGUGAUAAUCAUCAAUCCAUCAAGACAAGUUCGGGUCAAGCAGAAAUGAUUAUGGAUGGAUUUCUUUCCCGAUUACAACCUUUCAACGGAUCCAAAUAUCCCGAUAAUCGUUUUGAUUUGGUCAUAGAUAUGACCGUUUCAAACACUCAUCAAAGUUCCUUGUCAAAUGCAAAAUUGAUUGCUAAAGAGUUGAAUAAACAUUAUCCUGACAUUGUUGGACAUGUUCCAUCCGAUCAAGAGUUCCAAGAUGCCUUUGAUCUUGCUCUUAAUUACACUCCAAGUCAUACCAAGUCGUUUCUGAACAAGAAACCUCGUAACGAUGGACCUCAUGAUAAGAACUUGGCCAGUGUUUCUCCAGAGAAAUAGACUGACCGCCUCCGCCUCCAGUCUCGAGAGCCCUGGACGAAGUGAGGGGACCACCCUACGGGGUUAGCAAGCCGCUCCGCUGGCACUCCGUGGGCCACUAGCCGUGGAGGCUCUUGUUCCUCUACCGAGGAAUUGAGUGCAAAGGUCUCCUCGUAGAGGAGCUAGGCCCCACGCCAGUGGCUCUCCCCGAGUAGGGGCCAGCGGAGCGGCUUGCAAGCCCCGCCAGGGAGGUGGGUGCUAGCUAUCCUACGGGCUGUGUAAACCGCUCCGCUGGCACUCCGUGGGCCACUAGCCGUGGAGGCCUACUUCCUCUAUCGAGGAAAGUCUGACUGCUCGAGUCUCCUCGUAGAGGAGCCAGGCUCCACGCCAGUGGCUCUCCCCGAGCAGGGGCCCAGCGGAGCGACUUGUACAACCCCGUAUGGUAUCCAGUACAGUACACCCUUCCCUGGAGGGGGGUAGCAAGUCGCUCUGCUGGCACUCCGUGGACCACUAGCGGUGGUGGCGGCUCCUGGUUCCUCUAGCGAGGAACAAGGACUCUACAUCAUAAUUCUAAUAUAGCUUAUAUACAUUGAACAAUUUCAAACUAAUAUACAGUCUAAAGUACAGCUGGAAAGCGUCGAAA